CGGGAGGCCCACUUCGUCAUGGAUGCUCCGCUCUCCAAAGCUGCGCUGGCUGCCUUUGUGCUUAACUAUACCAGCGGCAGUUUGGACAGGACAAUGCUCUCGGGGGGCUCAGAGAGAGCGUCAAGGUGUGAGGAGGGCCAGGUGUGCAUUCGGGAGCUGACGUCUAGAGACUACGUAGAGGUCACGCAGGAGCCAGGAAAGAUGGUGGUGGUACUCCACUACAGCAGGAAUUGUGCUGCCUGUACCACAGUUGGCCAUGUUUUAAUGGCUGUGGCACAGGUGGCCAGGCACCUGCCCAACAUCACUUUCGCCAGGAUUAAUGUUGCCACCAACACGCUUCCCUGGAACCUGCACUUUGAUGCGCUCCCAACCAUCAUAGUUCACCCGCAUGUCCACAAAAGCGAGAGCAGGAUUUUUGACCUGAGUCAGCAGCUGACCCCUGCAAAUCUGAUGUCAUUCCUAGUAAGCAGCCUUGGCCCUGGUCACCGCCUGGCUCUGGCACUCUCAGUGUGCCGAGACCAGUGCCAGGAGCAGGUCUUGCGUGCAGCCAGGCUGGCCACCACACAGCUCCACCACUCCCUCACGUCCAACACUACCAGGCUCCUGCAGGUGUCGGAGAGGAUAACAAGCCUCACCAAGGGAGCAGUAGGGUCUAAGGGAAAGGAGUCCCUUCACGAGGAUGCCCAUUAUCGUGUACUGAUGCAGGCAAAAAAACUAAUUGUCAGGGACAUCAAGUGGCAGAGAAUGAAACUCACAUACCUCAGAGAAAUUCAGAGGCUGUUCUCUGUGGGAUUAGAGGAGGGGAAAGAGGGGGAGGAUGAGGGGGAGCGUUUGCUGCCAAUUGAGGGAGACCCAAAGUAUCAGGGGGACUUGUUGAGGACUCUGAACUCCCUCAUGAGGAAGGGUUCCUCCGUGCCGAAGGACAUAACCAGCCUCUCUGGCCAAGAGCCCUCUCACGAGCCUCCCCACGAUGAACUCUAGCCCCACAAGUGGCCUGGGGGUGUGUGCAUGGGAGGAAGCCACCUGUUUUACGUCUGCUGUGAUAUACACAUUACUAUAAUAGAUAAUGGACAUAGACAUGCAUACAUAUAUAUAUAAAUAUAUAUUUGUAUAAAGAGAUUGAUAAAAAUAAUUUGAUAUGUAAAUAUUGCUCUUACCACAACUCUGUCUCUUCCUAAAGUUUAUUAUGAAGUGAGGUUUGGUUUUUGUCUUAGGAAUCAUAUCUUUUUUUCUGCUUCAUCUUUUUUAUGGCUCUAAAACACUUGCAAAAUCUCAGGAAAUUCUGUUGAAAAGAAAAAAUUGAACUGGAAAGAUGAAAGAAAAUUGGUUAUGCUUAGCAAAUGGUGUUGGUGAUGGGGCUUUUUCCCAAUUGGUUUUAGAAUGCAAAUUAAUAUUUUCAAAAAGAAAAAAGAAAAUUGAUACAGAAAUCAUUUCCGCAUUUCAGAAAAAUUACUGCACUUCACACAUGUCUUUGUAUUGGCCCAAAUUUUGGAGUUUCCUUUGUGUUUUAGAUUGUGAUGUGAUGAUGUGCAGAUAAUGUGGUGAUUGUGAGUGAAUGGAUUGACACCUGUAUUUAGUAAAAGGAUUAAACAAGUAAAAAAAUUAAAAAUAGCCUGCAUUAUAGUGCAGUUUACAAUGAUAAAAUAUUUUCUCUCUUCUGCUACUAUAUAUUUUUUUUAUGUUUAACUGAUAUUGACAUCAUAAUGUUUUGCCUAUAGUUGUAAAUCAUAUAGUUCUAUUAUUUUCAUCUAAUAGUUUUGGUGGUGUGUUGGUAAAAAGAGGAAAAAUAAUCCUUAUUGUAGGAUCAAUGAUAUUCAGUCUUUUAAGAUACAUAAGAAUGCAAAUGUUUAAUCGUAGUUUUGGCAAAACUGAGAUUACGUGCAUUACAAGUGUAGCUUAGAUGUCAUCAAGGUUUUCUUUUGUACUUGUUUCUUCUUCAGGUUUUGGCUUGCUCAAACGUCUUUUCUCAUUUGUACAGACAAUGGAGAGGAAGAGAGAAAAGAGAGAGAGAGAGAAGGAUUGAAUAUGUUUAUAAGUUUGUUGAAGUAUUUUUUUUUUUUUUUUUUUUUACUUUUGUGUUUUAUGGAGUAGAAAAGAGGAAAAGGAUACACCUGAAAUAUUAUGUACUUAAAUGAGAUGAGCAUUAAUUCGAUUUGGAAUAUAAGAAAUUGUAUAACAUUUUCCUUUGCUGUACUUGCCUGAUGCAGUAUUUAUUUUUGUCUUUGAGACAUAGAAUUUAAUUGACUGGAAAGAACAACAACUCCAUAAUGCAGUGCAUGAAUGGAUGAUUAAAAUAAACAUUCUGCUUUGUGUUCUUGUCAUCAACAUUGUAGAUGAUAUUAGUCAUUCCAUUUUAGCUUCAUUUACAAGAAAAUUAUAUUUAAAAUUGCUCAAAGUUAGGCAUAUUUUGGAAACAAUUCUUCGUCAUUCCAUAUUGUGAAUUGUUCUGGAGGCAUGUAUCGUGUGGUUGUGUUUUUAGUACGUACUUGGUGAAAUAAAUAGUUUUUUUUUUGUUUGUUUGUUUGAUGUUUUUGCUUUGAGGGUUAUUUUGUAAUUAAAUUAUUGUUCCUAUUGUAAUUGUUUUCUUUCUUUUUUUUUUUUUUUUACAUUUUCUCCUUGUCUCUCUCUCUCCAGUUCUCUUCUUAUCUGCCUUUUCUUUUCCUGUUUAACAUUAUGGUAAAAAAAGAUAAUAAAUUUUCUAUGAUAUUGUGCUAUCAUAAGCCUA